GCUCUGCCCGAAAGUUUGUUUCUGUUUGCGGUAUUGCUAACAUGGAACCGGCAGACGAGCCACCGAGCGAAUCUUUUCAUACAAUUCCAAUUUAUCAAUUUGACGCGUCUUCCGACAGCGAUUCUGACGACCCAGGACGUAUUGUUCCUCCCAUAGGACCU